GGGUCUCCAGGUCCCCUCUCGCAGUUGCCCCCUCUUUCGCCAGGUUCCGCUUUCCGCCCCCCUUCGCCACCCGCAGCAGGCUGGCCUCCGCUCCCCUCGGGCCGGCCAGCUCUCGCGACGUCCCUGCCACUCUCGGGCCGCGCAGGGACUGCAUUUCCCAGCGCGCCGAGCGGGCGGCGCCCGGGCUGCGGUCAGGUGACCGGGUCGUCUGAGCCGCGUCGCUUCUGGGCGGGUUCGCGCGGGCGGGGCCGCGCCGGCCUGUGCAGCUCGCCCUUGGCCCCCUAAUUCCCCCUCGCGGGCCCCUCAAUCUGGCGUGACAACGGUCCCUGCGCGUCUCCGGGUGUCGGACUCUUCCCGACUCGGGUCGCGGCUUAGGAAUGUCCUAGUCCUGCCGCUGGGGAGCGCCGCGCCCUACGCCCGGGGUUCUGAUCCAAGGACUGGAAGUCGGCAGCCUGGAUACUCGCUGCCCCUGGAUCUGUCCGCCUCCCGUCGCCGUCUCUUCAGUCCCCCCAGGACCCGCAGUGGGGCCGCCCCGCGGACAGCUGACUGCCCUGGCCGGCUGCUGACCUCCGGCGGCGUGCAGCCACAAUGUCCCCGGAAUCUAAAAAGCUUUUCAACAUCAUCAUUUUAGGGAUUGCCUUCAUGUUUAUGUUCACCGCCUUUCAAACUUGUGGGAAUGUGGCGCAAACCGUCAUCAGGAGCCUGAAUAGCACCGAUUUCCACGGCAGUGGAUACACCAGCAUGGCCAUCAUUUACGGGGUGUUCUCUGCUUCGAACCUGAUCACGCCCUCGGUGGUCGCCGUGGUGGGACCCCAGCUCUCCAUGUUCGCUAGCGGUUUAUUCUACAGCAUGUACAUUGCCGUUUUUAUCCAGCCUUUCACGUGGUCCUUCUACACAGCCUCUGUUUUCAUCGGAAUCGCGGCUGCCGUGCUUUGGACAGCACAAGGAAACUGCCUGACCAUAAAUUCCGAUGAGCACACCAUUGGGAGGAACAGUGGGAUUUUCUGGGCACUGCUACAGUCCAGCUUGUUCUUUGGAAAUCUCUACAUAUAUUUUGCUUGGCAAGGGAAAACUCAAAUAUCAGAGAGCGACCGGAGAACGGUGUUUAUUGCCCUGACAGUGAUUAGCCUCGUGGGGACCGUUCUGUUCUUUCUCAUUCGGAAGCCAGAUCCCGAGAACAUCCUGGGAGAGGAUGAAUCUUCCGACGACCAGGACCUGGAAAUCAAUGAGCCUGCCCAGAACAACAUGACAAAGGCAGCGGAUGCGUUCAAAAAGUCUCUUCAAUUAUGUGUCACCAAGGAGAUGCUCCUCCUUAGCAUUACGACAGCGUAUACAGGUCUGGAGUUGACUUUCUUCUCCGGCGUGUAUGGAACCUGCAUCGGCGCCGUCAACAAAUUUGGGACGGAAGAGAAGAGCCUCAUUGGACUCUCUGGCAUUUUCAUUGGCAUUGGAGAAAUUUUAGGUGGGAGCCUCUUCGGCCUGCUGAGCAAGAACAACCGUUUCGGGAGGAACCCGGUUGUGCUGCUGGGCAUCCUGGUGCAUUUUGUGGCUUUUUAUUUAAUAUUUCUCAACAUGCCUGGGGACGCGCCCAUCGCCCCCCUGGAGGGGACGGACAGCCGCGCUUACAUCACAUCCAGCAAAGAAGUGGCCAUCUUCUGCAGCUUCCUGCUGGGCCUCGGAGACAGCUGCUUCAACACCCAGCUGCUCAGCAUCCUGGGGUUCCUCUACUCCGAAGACAGCGCCCCCGCGUUUGCAGUCUUUAAGUUCGUCCAGUCCAUCUGCGCAGCCGUGGCGUUUUUCUACAGCAACUACCUUCUCCUCCCCUGGCAACUCCUGGUCAUGGUGAUCUUCGGGUUCUGCGGAACUGUGUCGUUCUUCGCGGUGGAGUGGGAAGCGGCCGCCAUCGUCGCCCGGGGCUCUGACUACCGGAGUAUCUGACCUGGGGAGCCGGCCACGGGCAGGAGGCCGGGCCUCUGCGGACUGCUCACCGCGGGACGGAGCGCAGGGGGAGGUGCCGCCUCCCACUGUCACCUCGCGGCGGAGGGCGCUCAGCGUGGCGACACCGAGGACGUGGGACAGCUCGGUCCAUGGGAGUCGGCGUUCAAGUUUACAGAUUCGCUCCGUAACACAAGUGGAAUAAGGGAGGCUUGGUCUGUCCAUUAUAAUUGUUCAAAGAUGUCAUUUUUCAUUCAUCUGUCGCGAGUUCCUUAUAAUCACGUUACCGAAUGUAAAUGUUUUCCUCCCCUCCCCUUUCCUCGAAUGAUCUUGCCUCGAUUCCGAACCCUAGGCCAUCUGUCACGUAGAGACUCUUGCUGGGUAUCGAGUUACAUGCUUCUACGUAAGAAUAGGGAGCACACGCCACCCCACACGUGUGUGUGUGUGUGUGUGUGUGUGUGCGCGCGUGGAUGCCACUGAAAUAAACUGGAGGUACUGAAACGCAGUCUUCUCCGUGAAAGGAUUUGCACUUUCUUCCUCUUGCAAUGUUUCAUUUGGCAAGUUUUCUCACCCCAUAGUUCGUAGGAAGGAGUGGCUAGUUAACUACUGUAAAGUGAGGUGAAAAUGGUCUUCAGUCUUAAGAGCAGGAAUCUACCAUUUGUAGAUGAACA